AUGUAUAAGCCGGACAGAGAGAUCACGUCGUUCACAACCCCUAGAGGCUUAUAUUGCUACAAAGUCAUGCCGUUCGGACUAAAGAACGCUGGGGCGACUUUUCAACGGAUGGUGACAAAGAUGUUCACCCCAAUGCUGGGCCGCACCAUGGAGGCCUACAUCGACGACAUGGUGGUGAAGAGUAGGGAGAAGUCUCAACAUCUCGCCGACCUAGCAGAAAUGUUUGCCAUCCUAAAGCACUACAAGCUUCGUCUGAAUGCCUCCAAAUGCGUCUUCGGAGUUGGCACUGGGAAGUUCUUGGGUUUUUUGGUUACCAACCCGGGAAUCGAAGCCGACCCAUCACAAAUCAAGGCAAUACAAGAGCUGGAGCGUCCUAACUCCACGAGGGACGUGCAACAUCUUGCCGGGAUGGCAACCGCGUUGAGCAGAUUUAUCAGCCGGUCUUCGGAUCGUUGCAGGCCCUUCUGUAAAACUUUGAAGUCCAAGUUCUUCUGGGAUGAUGAGUGCGACCGCGCACUAGCAGACCUGAAAGCAUAUCUCUCCUCAGCCCCUAUUUUGGUCACGUCUCAGCCGGGCGAAGAGUUGUACCUCUACUUGGCUAUCUCUCAACACGCGGUCAGCCCGGUAUUGGUCCGUGCUGAAGGCAUCCAGCACCUACCGAUCUUCUAUGUAAGCAAGACUCUGCUCCCAGCCGAAACAAGAUAUCUUCCCUUGGAAAAAUUGGCGCUGGCCCUAAUGAUGGCGUCAAGAAAGCUGGCACACUAUUUUCAUGCCCAUACAAUAGUUGUGUUAACUGAGUUCCCGCUCAAGGUGCUUUUUGAAAAGGCAGACUUCGCUGGGAGAAUUUUGAAAUGGGCCGUGGAAUUAGGACAAUAUGACAUCAAGUUCCGACCACGUGCCGCAAUCAAGGCUCAAGCACUUGCUGACUUUGUGGCAGAAUUUGCCCCUGGGAUGCAUCCAGUAUGCCCGAUUGAUUUGGUUGAUGCGGAUUUAGCCCAACCCAUGGUUCUGGCAAUGAAAACAAGUGUUGGUUCGCAAGUAGGAAAAGGGACGAGCACGACCGAACUAACAAAGUCCGGCGAUGAUGAACCCAACCAAGACAAAGGAAGAGACCAGAAUGAACCGAUCAAAGACUUGGAAUUGAGAAGCUCCCAGAACCCCUCUGAUUGCUGGAAGCUGUUUAUGGGCGAGAUGUGGAAGCUCUUCGUUGAUGGGGCAUCCAACAGACAUGGGGCCGGGCUGGGCAUCGUGCUGAACUCACCGGACGGGCUGGUCAUUGAGCAGGCAAUUACACUCGGCUUCCCAGCAUCCAACAACGAGGCUGAGUAUGAAGCUCUCCUUGCCGGGCUAAGAAACGCACUAAGAAUGAAAGCGUCGGCCUUGAUGGUGUUCAGCGAUUCCAAGCUGGUGGUCAAUCAAGUCUCAGGGGAGUAUGAGGCCAGGGAUGAAAGAAUGGCCAAGUAUCAGGCGCUGGUGUGUGCAAAGAUCAAAAAGUUCGAUGCCAUAAGGGUAGAGCAGAUCAACCGCGAAGGAAACAACACGGCUGAUGAGUUGGCCGGGCUCGCUUCUACUCAGACAGUUUUUCCCAACCCCUUGAUGAUAGAAUUUUUACCGCGGCUAAGUAUAGAAGAACCGGAAGUGGCCGAGGUACUUUGCACUGACUUGGGCCCUUCUUGGAUGGAUCCUAUCAUCGCCUUCCUGAAAGAUAGAAUUCUACCAGAAGAAAAGAAGGUGGAGGCUUUCCUCUAUGAGAUACACGAGGGCAUCUGUGGAAGCCAUACUAGAGGCAGGUCCUUGGCUUACCGAGCAAUUUCCCAAGGUUACUGGUGGCUGUGCAUGCAGGCGGACGCGCAGAAAUACGUUCGUCGGUGUGAAAAGUGUCAGAAAUUCGCUCACCAGAUCCACCAGCCAGCUAGAGAUUUGCUCCCACUUUCAAGUCCUUGGUCGUUCGCGCUUUGGGGAUUGGAUAUUGUUGGACCACUCCCAGCAACACCGGGCAAUCGCAAGUUCUUCAUCUCCGCCACCGACUAUUUCACCAAGUGGGUUGAGGCCGAGCCACUAGCGACCAUAAAGGAAAAGGACGUGAAGAAGUUUGUAUGGCAAAACGUCAUCACCCAUUUCGGUAUACCCAAGGCCCUCAUCCCGGAUAAUGGCACUCAAUUUGAUGGUAAACUCUUUCGCGAAUUUUGCGAAGAGUUGAAGACCGAGUUCUACAAUUUGACAUCGGCCUAUCCUCAGUCAAAUGGUCAACUUUUCUAG